AUGAGCCACGCAGUAACCAUCCAGGAGCCCCAGGCCCAGCCUCAGGUGUCUCAAACUCGGUACCGGGAGAGGUCGCGGGCUGGGAGCCACAUCUCCUCCAAUCGAGCGUAUGAUUUUCUGUACGAUCCAUUGUUUAUUGUGUCAAGUGAGAAAGACCACACACAGGCAAAUAUCCAAGCCACCCUGAUUCGCAGCAGACUGAGAAAAGUUCCCAGGUUUAAAACCAUGUUCAGUAACCUGAUCCAUUAUCCAAGAUAUUCUCUAUAUUGGAGCAAGUCAGAUCCUGUCCCACCAUUUAUCAGUCGGGAAUGGAAGGGACAUGAGGAGAAACACAGACAAGCCCUCCGGCAGCUUGCCAUAACUGACACUUCUUUUCAGAUGCCUAGAGAAGUUUAUGAAGAUCCUGAAGUUACUGGAAAGAAUCGCUAUAAAUACUUUGAAAGGCCUUUUCUUCCAUUUUUUCAGCAGAUGCCAUUCAAUGUUGUUUAUGCCAUAUCCAAGGCAGAACCAUACACUUUUCCUCCUACUUCUACUAAGCACCUAUCCAUCCCUUCAAAGUCGACUGUGGGCACUCAGACUGAUUAUCGGGAUGCUGAUGUUCAAACAGAUCCAUACUCUCCAGAAUAUGUAGUGUGUCAGGACUCUAUCCCCGAGCUCUUGACCCUGGCUACGCUUACUUGGGGUCGGGGUCUCCCUGCAGGACAAGCUGAGGUGGAGAUGAUAGAAAGAGCCCGCGAGAAGCGUGCUUGGGAAGCCACUCUCCCCGCUCUGAGUGACACCUCCCAGUUUGAGAAGAGGAGGAAGAUGAUGAAUGAAAUGGAGAGGAAGGAGUGGGCCUUCAGAGAGCAGGAGAUUGAAAAACUGCAGGAGAUUCGCCUGGAAGUUCUAAAAGAGCUGUUGAGGAAGCGUGAAGAGAAUCAGAAUGAAGUGAAUAUGAAGCACUUGAAUGCACGGUGGUCUAAACUGCAGGAGGCAAAAGAGGCAAAAAUGGCAAAAAUUCAGCGCACACAUGUAUCAACAAUCAGAAAACUUGUAGGAAAGGGAAAGAACAUAGAAGGGAAGUUGGAGAGAAGAAAUAUCAUCAAGGAUUAUUCUGAUUAUGCAUCACAAGUCUAUGGACCUCUGUCUCGUCUUGGGUGUUUCCCAGACAAUAACUCAGAGGACUUUGUAGUAAAAAACUACUAUCUCAACACCUAUGAAGGAUUAGUCGAACUUGAGUCACGUCUCCCAGAUUUUGUGACACAACCCCGAAUCCGAGCUCCAAAACCUAAAGUCAUUACCACCAAAGCUGGUUUUCUGAAGAGGGCAGCAAGGUUGGACUAUGAGUUGGCAGAGGUUCAUAAGGUAGAAGAAGAAGAAAUAGAAAUGGCUGUGAUCUACCUUCAAAAGUUACUCCGGGGCAGAGUCGUUCAGAACAUGAUGUUUGAAGGGAAAGAAAAGCGACUGGAGUUGAUCCAGGAGUUGCGCACCUGCCACGCACUACAAGAAGAUGAAAAGCUGGUGAAAAAAGCCGAGAAGCAAGUGACCCUGGCCUUACAGCGGCAGAGGAACUUGCAUGAGCACAAGGUGUCACUGGUUGAAAACCAUUUGGCUGGACUGGAAGGAAGGGCACUGGCAGACAUGUUUGACUUCCUGUCCAAAGAGCUGGUGAGACUGCAGGAGGAAAGGAGGAUCCAUGCCUUUGUCAUGCUGGCCGAGCGCCAGCGGCGGGUACGAGAGGCUGAAGAGAGUGGUCGGCGCCAGGUGGAAAAACAGCGCCUGCGGGAGGAGGACGAGAUAUUUAAGGAGGUAGUUAAAGUUCACCAUAGUACUAUAAGCUCCUACCUAGAAGACAUAAUACUGAAUACUGAAGCAAAUACUGCAGAAGAACAAGCCAGGGCAGAAAUAGAGAAGAUGGCUGAGAAAAUCAAUGACAUUGCUUAUGAAAUGGAAAGCCGCCGAACCUAUCUGCAGUCAGAGGAGAUUGUUGCUGAGUUGGUUUAUAGUUUUCUGAUCCCAGAGGUGCAAAAAUACUUUGUCAAAGAAAAAGUGAGGAACGCACAGCGGAAACAUAUUCUUGCAGCCCAUCAGAUCAUCCACAGUUGCACAGAAAGCAUGGUUCAAAAGAGAUUAACUGAGGGACAGCAAGAUGAGGCCUCAAAUGCUGCCAUGUUACUUGAGAAAGAAACUCAAAAUGAGAACAACAGCUAAGAUUGUGAUUAAAAAAAUAAAAAGAAGCAGUGCGAAUCAUCAUAAAGAAUUCCAGUGGUCUGCACUUCUCCCAAAGUGUGCACUGCUCAUAAACUUGCCAAUGUGUGUUUCGUGAGAAAGGAGAUUUGUUUUCCUUAAACACCCAAUAAUUUAAAAUGGUUUUCAGUAAUAAUAAUCAAAUGAAAAAAAUCUUCAUUCUCUUCAGUGUCUUCUAGACGCCCUACUUAAAAAGAAUAUUUUCUUAUGUCUCAUUUCAAUAUUUUGUUAACUAUGAGGAUGUGCUGGUUUGUUGAAUCAAACAAAAGGAAAUGUUGUGGAAUAUUUUUCCAAGUAGUUUUGGUUCACUAUUCGCAGGACAUUGGCAUUAUCUACUAAGGCUGAAAAUGUGCAUAUUCCAUGACUCAGGAUUUUAUCUCCCAGAUAUAUAUUCAACAGAAAUGCAUGAGUAUGCGCACCAACAGGCAUGACAAAAAUAUUUAUAGUAGUGGUAUUCACAAUAGUCCCAAACUGGAAACCCAAGUGUCCAUCUUCAUUGGAACAGAAAACUAUGCUUUGGUCUACUUCUACAGUGGCACAUCAACCCACUUCUGAGCUUUAGAUCUAAGAAGUAUGUUCAUGCAACAGCCAUAGAGAUGGUGCUGUUGAAAGGCAAUCUGCCCAUCCUGUGUAUUGACAAGCAUCAGGAUUCCAUGAGGAUUCUUCCUCAAAGGCUGGCAAAUAGGAAAAAACAGUAAAUGAGCAAAAACAUCAACAUGGAACUCAAGUAAAGAAUUUAUAAAGGAAAGUGUGUGCUACUCUGAAAACAAUAAAAGCUUAUGUUAGAAAAUAUCUUACUGUAAGAAACAAGUAAAAUUUCGGAAACA